AUGUUUAGCAGCAACCAGAGUAUUUAUGAAAAUGAGUCAUAUUAUAAUAGAAUUAAUAGUAGAAAUAUCAACUCCCGGCAUUCGCAUUAUUUAAGAAAUAUUUAUUAUGAAAGUAGCGUGGAGAGUGAAGGUCUAAGAAAAAAUGUAUUAAAAAACUCUUAUAGAAAUUACCUAAAUGCCGAAGAGCCCACAAUUUACAAGAAGUCUGUUUCUCCAUUUUGGAAUGGUAAAAUGGCAUCAACACCAUCACCACGGCCAAGUAUUGCAUCCAUGGAUCUUAUUCAAGACGUACCACAAUAUAUUCCUAAUAUAUCUUGGAAAAAAUUACCUGAUUAUUCACCAUCUAUCGAAACAUUACCACCAGGUAAUAAUAAAUGUUUAAAGGUGGGGUGGAAGGGAUCUCCAUUAAAUCUUUCAAACGAUCCAUUGAAAUCAUAUUUGCAUCCGGCAGAAUUAAAUUUGGCUUCGACUUUAAGGUUACCUUGUGAUUUAUAUUUAGAUUCCAAGAGAAGAUUAUUCUUAGAGAAGGUUUGUAAAUUACAAAAUAAUCUUCCAUUUAGAAGAACUGAUGCACAAAAGGCAUGUAGGAUUGAUGUUAAUAAAGCAUCGAGACUUUAUUCUGCUUUUGAAAAAGUUGGAUGGUUGGAGGAUGAAAAUUUUUUGAAAUAUCUAGAUUAA